GCCAAAGAGGACUUGGUUGGCUUCUUAUGUUCUUCCUUGUGCUAGCAAAAAAAAAAAAAAGGAAAACCUCAAGCACCAGAAAUGAAGGAGAAAUUCCUGGUUUUUGUCUUCCUCUAGCUACAAGAAAAUCCCAAGUUUUUCUUGUUUGGGGGGUUUUUGUUUUUUAUUUAUAAAAAUAAACAAAUAAAUCUUUUCUGCUUUUGGUGAGAUGAGCGGCAAGAACUAGGAAUAAAAGAGAGAAAGAAACAAGAGAGUCAUUUGGAAGGAAGAGAAAGAAAGACAAAAAGUUGGGUGUUUUUUUAUCUGUUUCCUUUAUCUUCAAUGUCAAAUAUUACAGCAGGUGAUGGCGGGAGCUUAUCUUCAGGCAACACUGCUGGAGAAGAAGUUCAUCAACAACAACAACAACAACAACAGCAGCAGCAGCAACAACAAGAGCAAGUGAAUCACUUCCAUGGUUUAAACUCUUUGCCUCCUUCAACUAACAGCAAUGGCUCCACCACUACUCCACAGGAGCAGCCUCCACCAGCUAAGAAGAAGAGAAACCUUCCAGGAACUCCUGAUCCCAAUGCAGAAGUCAUUGCUCUAUCACCAAAGACCCUUUUGGCCACAAACCGUUUUGUAUGUGAAAUCUGCAAGAAAGGGUUCCAGAGGGACCAAAACCUUCAACUUCACCGGCGAGGCCAUAACCUGCCAUGGAAGCUUAGGCAAAGGACAAGCACUGAAAUCCGGAAGCGGGUCUAUGUCUGCCCUGAACCUUCAUGCGUGCACCAUAACCCGGCUCGAGCUCUAGGCGACCUGACAGGGAUCAAGAAGCAUUUCUGUCGAAAACAUGGAGAGAAGAAAUGGAAAUGCGACAAGUGCUCCAAGAAAUAUGCUGUGCAAUCAGAUUGGAAAGCUCAUUCAAAGACCUGUGGCACCAAGGAAUAUAAAUGUGACUGUGGCACCAUUUUCUCCAGAAGAGACAGUUUUAUUACCCACAGAGCUUUCUGUGAUGCCCUAAGUGAAGAAAACAACAAGGCAAACCAAGGACUUGUACCCAACGUGGGAUCGAACUUACAAGCCCAAGUCCCUGAGCUUAUUCCUGCAAUUCCCAUCAACAACAACCCCAACACAUCUGCCAUGAAUAUUUCUGAUCCGUUCAGCCAUGACACGAAAAGCCCUUUACAGCCCUUAAGCAUGGCAGGAAGCAUGUUCUCCAGCAAUCCUGGAAACCUGUUUGGUGGAGCGAAAAGUAAUGUUUCCAAUCCUUCCUCCUCUUGCCUGCAACUCAAUGCGAAUAAUUCGUCGACAUUAUUCGAAGGAAACGGGCACCUGUUUUCUGGCUCAGCCUCCAUGUCUGCCACUGCCUUGUUACAGAAAGCAGCUCAAAUGGGUGCAACUGCUACUACUGGUAGCCUGAACUCUCCCUUGAUGGGGAAAAGUUUCACCACAAGCAUGGCGCCACCAUCAUUUGUUUCAAUGCAAACUCCUCAGAGUAAUCAACCACAAAUGCUAGGAGCUGAUGCUGGAUUCACCAACCAGUUCAUGCAGAAGAGCCAAGAAGAAAUACGGUCAGAUCAGUUUUUCAAUGCUAAUGGAGGGGUUGACCAUCAAAGUUCAGCUGUGAACAAUAUGGCGAUGUUUUCAGGGGUUUUUGAUCAAAACAAUGCGUUGUUGAAGAGUAUAAAGAACGAUCAGCGCGGUGCAAGUUCAAAUUCAGGGUUGAGUACCCCAAGAAGUGGUGGAGCAAACCCUUCUGGUCUGUCAGGCUUUAGUGGGGAUAUGAUGACUGUUGAUUUCUUGGGGAUCGGGGGAUCAAGACCCAGGAAUCUGCUUGAAAAACAGCAUCAUCAUCAUCAUCAACCACAGCAAGAUCAUUUGGAGUUUGGAGGCUUUGCCCAGGCAAGACUGCAAGGCUUGAGCCAUUUUCAGCAACAUGCAGCUGUGGAGAAACCAAUGUGGAAAGUUUAAAACUAGAAGUAGCUAGCUAGCUCAAUAAUAGAACUCCUUGCUAAAACUUCUUCUAUCGCUUUUUCCUUUUCCAGCUCUUUAUUUUUAGCCAUGGAUUAAUAUUUAAGAAAGUGGUCUUGCUAAAGAGCAAGGCAUUCAGCAUUUUGGCUAAAUUUCAAGCAAGUUAAUUAAUCUUCCAAUAA